UUUUAAAAAUUAAUUUUUAUAGAAAACAACCACGACGACAACCACCACAACGCUCACGACCACGACUACUUAGACCACGACUACGGUAUGCCGUCAACUUUUAUCGCCAGUUGAACCGAUCCGUCCUCCGUGCCGUCACUAUACACAAGGGGCUCUGUGUUUUGAUAAAUACAGUUGCCAUUGUGGCAGUACGAACGAAACGGACGUCAAAAUCAACAAGUGGUAUAAUCAGCACCAUGAAUGUCUCAAUGAGCUUUUGAAGAGUUGUCCAUUGACUCCACCGGCUAAGCACUUCGUGGAUAUCGACACCACGAAAUAUGAAAUUGACUACGGACUUUUCGAAAGUGCUGUGAAAAGCACCAUGAAUGUUUGAAUGGACUUCUAAAGAGUUGUCCAUCGACUCCAACAGCUAAACACUUUAUCGACAUUGACACAUUAAAAUAUGAAAUUGACGAUGGUCUCUUUGAAUCUCAAAAGGAAAUCAAAUGUUUGGACAAUGAUCCAUGCAAUGAAAAGUUAUGCGAAUGUGACCGGUGCUGCACGCUUCAUUACGAGUGUCUCAAGAGUUGUCCUUCGACUCCAAUAG